AUGGGAUGCUCUGAAUCUACGCAUUAUAAAUCAUCUCUCUAAAUGAGUCGAGAAUCUACUUUAGACACUUGCAAAAACUCUCCAGUCAAAACUAUCACUAAGCUCGUUGAAGAUGAUAUAUUGAACUUUGAGGAUUUUGACACUUCAGAAUUAACAAUUGAACAAACUAAUUUUCACUUUUACGACUCUGUUUUGUAAAGAAUUGUCUCGGUUCCAAAACUAAAGUCAAUCAAUACUUCAAGUAUUCUCAAAAGAAGAAAGAAUAAUUAGAAAUCCUGA